CACACCCCCACUCCCCCUGUCCCCUUCUCCUUCCCCACAUGCGCGACAGGCCGACAGCUUCCCUCUCCAAAUCCCAGAUCGAAGCCUUCCUCAGUUCCUCCAAAUUCCACCGCCGAACAGAGGGGAACCCCCACCGUCGGUGCACGACCCAGCCUCCAGCCCUCCACCCAGCAGCGUUUCUGGAGCCACCUCUGACCAUGCCACCUGCGACCUCGCCGCCUCCAGUCCACCCAGCAGCGUUUCUGGAGCCACCCCCAACCUCGCCACGUCCGACCUCACCGCCUGCAGUCCACCCAUCAGCGUUUCUGGAGCCCACCCACGACCUCGACACGUCCGACCUCGCCGCCUCAAGUCCACCAAGCAGCGUUUCUGGAGCCCACCCACCCAGCCACCGAUUGUCCGAUUCAAGUUCAUAUGGAGCCCGAGCCAUCUAUUCAGAUGCUGAAUUCUUAACUUCAAAGGUGAAGGAGACGCUUUUUAGGGUGUUUGAUAGCUACAGGCUAUUUGGUGAUAACUAUCAAAGGUCUACUCGGCAAGAUCCUCCUGAAAUUAGCACACAAGAGCUUGAGGCACAUGAAACUUCUUUUGCUAUGGAAUUUGAGAAGGAAAUGCAAUUCAAUGAGAGUGCUAACAAGAAUGAGGUGGAGUUAUAUCUUAUGGAGGCAUUAGAGAAGAGUGGCGUGCAAUUUGACAUUCUAAAUUGGUAG